GGGUCCAGAUGGGGGCGAUAAUGCUCCGAGUCGUUGCCAUCAACCCGCAGUAAAAGAGGUGACGAAGAAGACCGCUUUGUAAAAGCAUGGAUGUGUGAUAAAGGCUCGAUGGCUCAAUAUACUCGUGUUUCGGGGUUCGUUGGCUUGAUUACUCUUCAGAAUCCGCCUGUCAACGCACUAAGUGCAGCAGUGAGGCAGGGCAUUGUUGACAUGGUGGAGAGAGCACUCAGUGACCCAAUUGUGAAGUCUGUGGUCAUCUGUGGCCAGAAUGGAAACUUCUGUGGAGGGGCUGACAUCAAGGAGUUUGGGACAAACAUGUCUGGUCCUCCAUUGGUACCAAUGAUCGACGCCAUCGAGGCUGCGAACAAGCCGGUGGUGGCAGCCAUAGAGGGAAGCGCUUUAGGCGGAGGCCUUGAGUUGGCACUUGGCUGUCAUUAUCGAAUCGCACACUCUAAAGCCAGACUGGGGCUUCCAGAGGUGACUCUGGGUCUGCUGCCAGCUGCAGGGGGAACCCAGCGUCUGCCAAGGCUCGUUGGGGUCCCAGCUGCCUUAAACCUCAUCACCACAGGCCGCCAUGUGACUGCCGCUCAGGCACUUCAACUUGGCAUAGUGGAUCAGGUUACUGAUCACAACGCUGUGGAUGUCGCUGUGACGUUUUCUCUGAGUGUUGCAGGUCAGUCACUGGAUGCUCGUCGUAUAAGUACUUAUCUGUGUCCACUUCCGUCUGAUUUCGAUGCUCUGUUUGAGGGUGUGAUGCAGAAGGUGCGUCAGAGUGCCCGUGGAGCUAUAGCACCAGUUGCAUGUGUCCAGGCAGUGCGGGCGGCCGCCACCCUGCCGUAUACUAAGGGCAUGGAGCGAGAGCAAGAGUUGAUGGCCACUCUCUUCACUUCAGGCCAGGCCCGUGCCCAGCAGUACUGUUUCUUUGCUCAGAGAGCUGUUGGCAGGUGGAGGAUGCCCAGUGGAGCCCGCUGGGAGACCAGCAAGCCUAGGCCCGUACAUAAAGCAGCUGUCAUCGGUCUUGGCACCAUGGGGAGAGGCAUAACAGUGGCCCUGGCUCAGACAGGUUUGUCUGUGGUCGCCGUGGAGACCCAGGAGAAGCAGUUGAUGGAGGCAAAGCAGGCAGUAUCUGGCAUGUUGGAGCGAGGAGCUAAGCGACAUGGGGUUGUUCCUACGCUUGAUAGGAUCAGUUACAGCCAAAACAUCCAGGCCAUAGCAGAAGUCGACCUGGUCAUCGAGGCUGUGUUUGAGGACAUGGCCCUCAAGACUGAAGUCUUCCAGCAGCUGUCUGCAGUUUGUAAACCAGGCACUUUGCUGUGCACCAACACUUCUGCACUAGAUGUGGACAAACUGGCCUCUGAAACGCCCAACCCGGAGCUGGUGGUCGGGAUGCACUUCUUUGCACCAGCCCAUGUCAUGAAGCUGCUGGAGGUGGUGUAUGGGCCACGGUCUUCUCCUCAAGCUGUGGCCACAGCCAUGCAACUGGGAAAGAAAAUGGGCAAAGUCAGCGUGGCAGUUGGCAACUGCCGGGGCUUUGUGGGGAACCGCAUGCUGAUGCCAUACCUCCAACAAGCUUUCUUCCUGUUGGAGGAGGGAGCUACACCUGAGUUGGUAGAUCAAGCGCUGGAAGAGUUUGGUUUUCCCAUGGGUGUGUUCAGAAUGUCCGAUCUCUCUGGGCUAGACAUAGGCUGGAGAGUCAGGAAGAGAGACGAGCUGGUGGAGCCUGACAUGGCAUCAGGGAAAUCAGCUAGAAUCCGACAAGGCAGCAGGUACAGCCCCCUGGGAGACUUGCUUUGUGAGCAGGGACGGUUUGGCCAAAAAACAGGCCGGGGCUGGUACCAGUAUGACAAACCCGGCAGUCGGGUUGCCAGGUCUGACCCCUGGCUGCACAGCUUUCUGGUGGAGUACCGAGCCCGGCAUGGCCUAGUGCCACGCAGCAUAGACCACCAGGAGGUGCUGGAACGCUGCCUCUAUGCCCUGAUCAACGAGGGCUUCCGCAUCCUGGAGGAUGGAAUUGCUGCAGGACCCGAAGACAUCGAUGUCAUCUAUGUGUUCGGCUACGGCUGGCCCAGGCACCGUGGAGGUCCCAUGUUCUACGCCGGCAUGGUGGGGCUGGCAAAGGUCCUGGAAAGGCUGGAGCACUACCAGCAGGCCCACCCUGAUGUGCCCUAUCUGCAGCCCUGCAGCCUCCUCAGGAGGCUCGUGGCCGGUGGCAGCCCACCUAUCCACAGGUGGAGGGAAGUCAUCAAGAAACACCAAAGCCAGCUUUAAAUUUCAAGUAUAUCAGCUUUAAUCUCUUUAUUCACUUUAAUAAUGAGUCUUAUACUUUAAUUAAAAGAAAAUGGACUGCGCUUAUAUUGCGCUGUAUAAUAAUGCUGAUUUUUUUUUAUGUAUGUUGUGAUUAUGGAUGAUAUUGUAAGAGGCUGUUGUGCAUUUUGUAAUUAAUUAUCAUAGUGUCUCUGGAUGUUGGCGUACAGUACACUGAGUUACCGUGCAUUAGGUACACAUAAACAGUGUAAUGCAAUUCAAUACGACAAUAGAUCCUAUAUUUGUGAAGCUUAUAGAGUUUUUGUUGACACUGUAUCAGGGAUGUUGAUUCAACUUGCAAUACUGUAUCAAUUGUAUAAUUUUUUCUAAUAUUUUGUCUUCCUGGUGUAUAUAAGUGGCCGGUAGUCAAAAUACUAUUCUAUCUAGCGAAUUACAUUGUAAAGAUGUAUCCAAUAAAAUGGUAAUUCAGUUUAGUGCAGAGUUAAAAAGAAAAACGUACUGAAAUAAUGAUGUGAAUAACUCACUUUGUAAGAACAGAUUUUUUUAAAUGCUCCAAAAUGUAAUAAAUCACACUUAGAAUUGCAACAUCUGUAUGCAAAAGAGAUGCUUUCACUGAUUUUCCUAUAUUUCCUAUUCAUAUGUUUAAUAAAUAUUGGUACUUUUUUUUACUGUAUGUACAAAAUGUCAACAUGGAUCAGCUAAUACCUCAAUAAAGAUCUGUUAAAAACUCA